GGGGAAAGGCCCAAAGGCACGUCAAGCAGCAUAGACAUAGGAGAGGAGAGAGGGAGAGGGGGGAAGGGUUCAUCCAUUGGUAAAGCUGAAGAUGAAGGAGGCCGCGGCGGAGCUGGGGCACCUGCUGGUGUUCGCCUUCCUCUUCUGCGUGGGCGCCUUCAUGGUGGCGCCGGUGAUCACCGACGUGACCAUGGCGGCGCUCUGCCCCGGCCAAGACCAGUGCUCCCUCGCCAUCUACCUCACCGGCCUGCAGCAAGCCAUCACCGGGCUGGGUGCGCUGGUGGUCACGCCGGUCAUCGGCAACCUCUCCGAUAGAUACGGCCGCAAGGCGCUGCUCGCUCUCCCGGCGACCCUGUCCAUCGUUCCACUGGCCAUCAUGGCUUUUAACCAGACGAGGCCAUACUUCUACGCCUUCUACAUCGCCAAGACGCUGACGGCGAUGGUCUCCGAGGGCGCCAUGAUGUGCCUCUCGCUCGCCUACGUGGUAACCAGCUCCAUCGCCUCUCUCGCCAACUUUAAGUUUUUUCCAAUAUUUCCAUACAUGACUGGAGCUCAGCUGGAUGCAAUGCAUGGAUUGCUCUCUCUUUCUCCGCGUGUCGUGCAGGCCGACAAGGUGCCCGAGGGGCGGCGAGCGGCGGCCUUCGGGGUGUUCUCCGGCGUCUGCACCGCAGGCUUCGUAGGCGGCACCAUCGCGGCCCGCUUCCUCUCCGUGUCCUCUACGUUCCAGGUGGCGACGUUGGCGUCGGUUGCUGCGGCGGUGUACCUGAGGGCCUUCGUCCAGGAGACGGACCGCGGAGCCUCGCUGCUGCGCGAGGAGGAGGCCUCGCGCCUGCUCUUUCCUCCCUCCUCUAGCCCCGAGGAGGCGUCGCCGAGGCUCCCGCCUCUCCGGAAGGCGCCGUCGCUGUUGGAGAUGGCCACCCUUCUAACCAGCAGCUCAACUUUCACGAGAGCAGCGGUCGUCACAUUUUUCCAUGGCCUUGGCGAAACAGGCCUGCAAACUGCAUUACUGUAUUUCCUGAAGGCCCAAUUCCACUAUACCAAGAACCAAUAUGCUAAUUUGUUGCUUAUUAUUGGCAUUACAGGAAGUUUCUCACAGCUGACCGUGAUGCCUCUCUUAGCGCCGAAGCUGGGUGAGCAGAAGCUACUUGUCGUGGCACUUACAGGGAGCUGCGUGCAUGGAUUCCUAUACAGCAUUGCAUGGUCAUUCUGGGUCCCUUAUCUUGCUGCAAGCUGUGUGAUUCUAAGCAUUUUGGUCGGCCCUUGUAUAAGGAGCAUUGUAUCAAAAAAAGUAGGGCCUUCUGAGCAGGGAAUGGUUCAAGGCUGUAUUACAGGAAUCAGCUCAACUGCAAGUGUCAUAUCUCCUCUAGUUUUUACUCCGCUCACAGCAUGGUUCCUAUCAGAGACCGCACCUUUCAACUUCAGAGGUUUCAGCCUGGCUUGUGCUGGAUUUGCUACGUUGGUGGCACUCACAAUGAGCAUUAAUAUGAGGCCAGCAGAGGUUCAGCCAGAUACCAGAUAGAAGAACUACUGAAUACAUGUCGAUGUACAGAUGGUAGAUGCCUAUAAUGCUAAUACUCUUACUCAGUAUCAAUAGCCGUGGUCAAUUAAGGUAGCUGUUCCAUCCUCUGCAAUUGACAAAUAGGGACAGCAAAUAGUGGUGUAAAGUAUCAAAAGUAGAAGCAGAUCCACAGGCUUCAGUUUGUAAAUUGUAUUCGGUAACUGACACUACAAGUACAAGGUCAAAUAAAGGUAGCUGUUCCAUCCCGUGCAGUUGACAAUAGGGCAGCAAAUAGUGGUGUAAAGUAUCAAAAGUAGAAGCAGAGCCACAGGCUUCAGUUUGUAAACUGUACUCAAUAACUGACACUACAAGUACAAGGUUGAUUCGACAUAGCUAA